AUGGUUUUCAUUCGACGAAUGUGUGCCAUUUCUUCAUUUCUCAUAGUACGUGUGAAUUAAGGAAAGUUGAUCAACAUCAGCUCGAAGUUUUGAGUGGAGAAAAAUGCGGCAUUCAAAAAUUAAGAAACGUUGAAUUUUUAGUCGAUAGUAGCCCUACUCUAUCUAUUUCUCCGCCUGUUGUGUAGAUAAUAUAUGGUUGCAGACGAAAACAAAACUCACUAGAGCGUCUCAUAAACUCCUUAUAUUAGAAUGAUGCUGGCGUCGUCUGCUGCAGGCAUCGUCGCACACCGCCUGGUGGCGCAGAAAUCGCGCCGGUGGAUAUGCCGGAGCACAAGCCAGCCAUUCACAACUACUUUGUUUUCGGUGAAGAGAUAUUACCAGCCUGGCAAGAACAAAAAUAAUAGCAGCCUUGUAAGGGGUAUUAGUGGCAAUAGAAUUCACGGCGGGCGUGGCAACAGUUUUACGAAAAAUACCAUAUGGUGUAUUACCAGAACAGCCGACUUAAAAAUUGCUGUCAACUUUUUCCCGAUUUCGGCUAUUUCGCGACGCACAAUGGCUUGGCUCAGUUCGCAAGAUCCCAACUCCUUUAGCAGCGCCAGCCUUGCAUUCAGUUCAGCUAUUUCUCCUACGUUUCGUAAUUGUUUAAACACUCGCAGUCAUGAAAGCGUUAUAUUUCUCCACAGUUGAAAAAAGACCGGAGGAAGCGGUGGUUAAGUCUUUCCACUGGGAUGUUGUUGUGGACUUCGACGCGAAGGUCCUUCGAGGUCAUGUCGACUUCGACGUGAGUCGAACAAAACCCGACGCUGAAUUUAUUCAUCUCGACAGUUCGGAAGAUCUCAAAAUUAAGGAGGCACUGUGCAUUGAUUCUGGGAAAAAACUUGAUAUGGAUCGAAGCGUUACGGACCCGAAAUUUGGUGUAUGCACUCGAGUCCGUCUUCCACCCAACGGAGAGCAAGCGAAGAUCCGUGUUCUUUAUGAGACUUCUUCUACGUCAUCCGCGCUUCAGUGGAUGACUAAGGACCAGACGGCGGGAAAGCGACAGCCCUAUGUAUACUCACACUCAGAGGCCAUCCAUUCACGAGCAUUACUCCCCUGUCAGGACUCACCAAACGUAAAAGCUAACUUUACUGUAAGGAUUCAGGUUCCUCAGGAAAUGGUGCCAUUGGUAUCGGCAGUUAAAACUGGGGAACAACCCGGUCCUGAUGGAAGUAAGGUUGUCCUGUUCGAGCAAAAGAUUCCUAUUCCGAUCUACCUACUCGCUCUCGCUGUGGGAGAUCUUGAGUCCAGAACGAUUAGUCCACGCACUGAUAUGUGGUCUGAAAAGGAAUAUGUUGAUAGAGCUGCUGUGGAUUUUGCCGAUACUGAAGAGAUGAUCAAAACCGCAGAAGACCUAUUGGGUCCUUAUGUUUGGGGAAGAUACGAUAUUCUCGUGCUACCGCCAUCGUUUCCAUUCGGCGGGAUGGAAAAUCCCUGCUUGACCUUCAUGACGCCUACAACACUGGCUGGUGAUAAGUCACUUGCAGACGUCGUAGCUCACGAGAUAUCGCACUCGUGGACCGGAAACCUUGUCACUAAUAAAAAUUUCGAACAUUUUUGGCUUAAUGAAGGUUUCACAAUGUAUGUUGAGCGGAAAAUCCUCGGUCGGAUGUUUGGCGAGUCCCGAAGACAAUUCUGUGCUCAAGAAGGGCUUAGGCAGCUUCAAUACACAAUAAACACAAUGGGAGCUGAUAAUGCGCUCACGAAGCUUGUUGUAGAUCUGAAAGGUGUGCACCCUGAUGAUUCGUUCUCCACUGUUCCUUAUGAAAAAGGACAUACCCUCCUGUACUACCUCGAGACACUGCUAGGUGCCGAUUCUCUGGAUGCUUUCCUGAAAGCCUAUGUUGAGCGGUUUAAGUAUAAAUCGAUCGUUACCGACGACUGGAAAUCGUUCCUGUACGAAUUCUUUGCCAACAAAAAAGACAUCCUUGAUAAAGUUGACUGGAACGCGUGGCUGUACAGUCCGGGAAUGCCACCAGUUAUUCCUGAAUACAAGAGCUGCCUGGGGAUUCCAGCUCAUGCCCUUUGCCAAAAGUGGCUACAAGCUUCAGAUAACGAGGUGACAUCAUUUACAAAAGAGGAGUUUGUGACUCUAAAUAACAUCCAGAAGCAGGAGUUCUUCGCGAAGCUUCUUGAAAUGAAACCGCUUAGUGUGGAAAAGGUGGCGCACCUUUCAUCAUUAUACGAGAUGGACAAGAUAAUUAAUUCGGAAGUUCGUUUCCGUUGGCUGCGACUCGGACUUCUAGCGCGAUGGGAAGGGAUUAUAGAGCCCGUUCAUUGUUUCCUUGCAGUGGUCGGACGGAUGAAGUUUGUAGGACCCCUUUUCCAAGAUCUAUCCGACUGGCCCGAGAAACGCCAAUUUGCAAAUGAUCUUUUUGAUAAACUCAAGCCAGGCAUGAUGUAUGUGACAAGGCAUAAAGUAGAGAAGAUUCUUCAUCCCAAUGCUUAAAAUCUACGUACGUAAAAAUAUGAUCUCAAUGCGAAUUGCAUUGAGAUCAGGCUUUUACGAAACAAUUCAAAAUUGGUUCUCUCCGUGUGUCUAGUGCGGAGGAAAGGGUGCUGAGAGAGGUCAGUUAUGAUAAGUAGUGCUAAAUGUUUUGAUCAAUAAACAUUUUAACAAAGGCUACGAUAAAAGAUCUUUUUCUACUAAUUAUUUCAGGGCCAUGUUGAACUGUUCAAUCGGGUACAUUGAAAUCGAUAUACAUUGAAUUUAGGUAAGAACAAAUAGCUAUAUC